AUGGGGUCGUGUGGCUACUCGCUGCUGCCUGUCCUCUUCCUCCUCUCAGGGCUUCGUGAUGCCUCCUCCGACACUCCCGCCAAAUGCGAUUUUCGCGAUCUAGCUGGUACCUGGGUCUUUCAGGUAUUCGAGGGGCAGGGGCCGAAGGACAACCGCAUUAACUGCUCUGAGAUAGGACCAACAAAAGACAAAAUGGUAGUGAACCUGCAGUAUUUAGAUGUGGCACGAGAUGAAUUUGGCAAUACUGGCUUCUUCACCAUCAUUAACACUCAAGGUUUUGAGGUUGUGAUAAAUGGGUACAAAUGGUUUGCCUUCUUCAAGUAUAAUGGCAAGCAAGGCAAUGAGACAAGUGUUUGUCAUGAGACAUUUCCUGGAUGGGUUCAUGACGUUCUGGGCAGGAAUUGGGCAUGUUUCACUGCAAAUAAGGUUGAAGGCUCUGGUCCAUCUUUCCAAAUCAGUGAUCUAUCCUAUGAAGAGAAUGAGAAAAGGAUUUCACAGCUACCUUACAAGGACAAACAUGAAUUUGUGAAAGCCAUCAAUAGUGCUCAAAGUUCCUGGACUGCUACUGUCUAUGAAAACCAUGAAGGAUUCAAUAUAGAUAAACUGAUCAAGAAUAUCCAUUUAUUCCCCAGGCCAAAACCUGCACCAUUGACCCCUGAAACACUUGAAAAAACUCGAACUUUGCCAAGUUCUUGGGACUGGAGAAAUGUUAAUGGUGUCAACUAUGUUAGUCCUGUUCGAAGUCAUGUUUUUUAUGCCAGCUGUUGGAGUGCCUACGCAUUUGCUUCCGUAGCCAUGCUUGAGGCCCGAAUCCGUGUCGUAACCAAAAGUUCUGAAUCGCCAGUGCUCAGUAUCCAGCAGAUUCUGUCUUGCAGUGAAUAUUCUCGAGGCUGUGAUGGAGGUGACCCAUAUCUCACCGCUGGAAAGUAUGCCCAGGACUUUGGGAUGGUGGAAGAGAAUUGCUUUCCCUACCUGGGCCAUGAUUCUCCGUGUUCCCUGAAGAAUUGCACUCGCUAUUACGUCUCUGAUUACUACUAUGUGGGGGGUUUCUAUGGAGCAUGCAAUGAAGCCCUGAUGAAGCUCGAGCUGGUUCAGCAUGGGCCCAUUGUUGUCUCUUUUAAACUGUAUGAUGACUUCUUUCACUACCACAAAGGAAUCUAUCAAAACACAGAUUCUUUGAGUCCCUCAGUAGUGUCUGAUCAUGUGGGUCUUCUCGUAGGCUAUGGCACUGAUGAGAAGAGUGGUAAGGAUUACUGGAUAAUUAAAAAUAGCUGGGGGUCCUCUUGGGGUGAGGAUGGAUACCUCCGAUUCCUCCGAGGCAGUAAUGAAUGUGGCAUUGAGAGCAUGGCUGUGGCUGCCAUUCCAAUUCCCAAGUUGUAG